AUGUCUAUCCUCAAUGAUAAAGACGAGAAGACAACUUCUUUGAAGAACUCCGUCACAGAACCAAGAUUUCCUGUUUAUGAAGGGUACACUUUCUUCCAGGCAGACCCUAUUCAAGGGCAAAGUGCAACUUGGACUCGUGUGGAACGAACAGUCAUGCAUUUAAGUCAAACCGAAUAUUUCAAGAUGGUACAGAAGCGGGCGAACAAAAAGUCCGCUGCACAACAAUACCAAAAUAUAUCCUCGAACACUAGGCGCGCGCAUAUAAAUCAAUUAAUUGACGAACAAAGGCGUAAAAGUCCACUUGUUGAGUGGAGCUGCGUCUAUGCCAAAGAACAUGCAAAGCCAUCCAAGGCCCGAAACGCUUGCCAGGCCGACUACGAAACGGUUUCCAUGGAUGUCAUCAUCAUGCAGAGAUCUGCAAAAACAAUGCAUCCCAGGACCCCGAUGGGCGAUCUAGUUGAUCUCGGGGUAGCUUUUCGUACAUCAUCAUGGCCUCAAUCCGGAGGUCAUCCUUCGAUGCCAGGGCAAAAUGGAGAUAUGCCACGAUCUACAGCACAAGGGCUACAGUCUCAACUAGCUUUAUCGAGUGAUCAUCUCCAAGCCCCACACCAGAAUGUCGAGACAAUUCUCGGAGAGCGAGACGAGCCGCGUGAAUUCUCCCAAUCAACUGCAACCCUCAACGUGCCACCAAGCCCAGCAUUUAGUGCAACAAGAAUGAGUGAUACCAAUUUCGAGCCUACUUCAGGCUGUUCACCCAAAGGAAGCAGCGAUUCGAAUGAUGAACCUAUGAAUUUUGACCCAUCUGACGAAAGCUCUGAGACAGACAGCUCAGAUAUUAUGGAGACCAAGUAUAGAGAGCGGCGAUCAGCAAUGAGCUUGCUUCGACAACAUACUGGCAGCCCAGUUCGCCGUGAGCGAAUCUAUGGGCCUCAUUUUCAUGCAAAUUCCCACAGCCGUAGUCUUGAUGGAAGACAUGAAAAAAACUUCGCUCCCCGCGACCAGUUUUUGGCAUUUGGGGUCAAACGCUUUGUCCCUAGAAAGCAUGAGAGGGCUCGAUCUAGAGGAUCAGCAUCCGCAAAGAGAUAUCGCAUACAGUUGAUGAGCGGUGAUGAAAUUCGAAGUCGAUUGCUUGACCACCGCGAAGCACGCAUUAGCCUUCGAGAACAACGUCAGAAGAAAACCUUCUAUGAGGCCCCCGAACAUGAGCUUCAGCAAUCAGUGAAUGACAAUCCCCCAGUCUGUCGUUGUGCCUGUCGUUGCUAG